AUGACUGUACAACUAUCCAUGUUCCUUAUUGGAGCGAAUGCGACUGUUCAUUCUGUGGCUUUCUUCUUUUAUCAUCUUGUUAGAAAUCCUUGGUGUCAGAUUAAACUCUACCAAGAAAUAAAGAGCCAUUCAGGUCCGAUAACCGUUGAAAAACUGAACAAAUUGAAAUACCUGCAAGCCUGCCUUAAAGAAACCCUACGUUUAGAACCACCAAUUCCAAUUAUUAGCCGCGUCCUCAGCAACGAUGUCGUUUGUCACCACUACCGCAUUCCAAAAGGCACUCACAUGAACAAUAUGGGUGAAGAAUAUUUCGAAGAUGCUGCCAAAUUUAAAUCGGAAAGAUGGUAUGAGGAUGAAAAAGGUGGAUUCGGCAACGAAUAUCAAACUUUUACUUCGAUGUCGUUUGGAUACGGACCCAGAAAUUGUUUAGCCAAAGAAAUGGCUGAGAAUUGGGUUGCUUCUUUGAUGUUAAAGGUUUGCCAGAUGUUUAGAAUUGAGUAUAACUACGGCGACAUCAAGAGCUCAAGCGUCUUGAUGGCAGCUCCAACAAAACCUCUUAAAUUUAGACUUACAAAUCGUGUUUAG